AUGGCAGAUAAUGUUAUCAGGCAACACGAAACACACGGUGGCAACGUUAAACCAAAAACGAAGGCAGACAUAACAUCCAGUCAUACUGAUCAACACAAAGCGAUAAGGAUAAGAGAGUUCAUCUUUGGAACCGUUAAUAAUUUCUGCUACAAAAACUGUUCCGCCCGUGACGUUACGAUAAGAUCAAAACUCAUAGUGUACAAGGCAAUGUUCCUCCCAGUCAUCACAAAUUUCUCGGAAACUUUGGUUCUUAGCAAGAAAAAUUGCGAACUCUUGCCCGCAUUUAAGGAAGAAUCCUUUGAAGAAUUUUUGGCUCCCUACAGGAGGAAGGACGACUUCGUAGCCAAUAUAUAA